AGGAACUGGUUCUGAAAUACGAUUGACCCCGGGGACGCAAUUGAUCACUAAGAAACCGAAAGCGCGCGAAGCAGGCAGUAUUCCUUAUAGGGAUAGAACCAUACAUCCCAACACGUUUAUGUUUCUUGUGGACUUAACAAAGAACAAUGAUCGUCAUUGGCUAAAAAUGAAUGAUUUAGAUUAUAGGCAAUCCUUGCAUGACUUUAAUUCAUUUCUAGAAUGUUUGACACAGAAAAUUAUAAAAGCAGAUGAGACCAUUCCAGAGCUGCCGGUAAAAGACAUUAUAUUUCGGAUAUACCGAGAUGUCCGGUUUAGUAAAGAUCCAACUCCCUACAAAACCCACUUCUCUGCGGCCUGGUCAAGAACGGGACGAAAAGGACCAUAUGCUGGGUACUAUUUACAUGUUCAACCUGGGAAGUGUUUUGUCGGCUCAGGAGUAUGGCUACCAGAAGCCGAUAAGUUGGCAGCGUUGCGACGAGACGUGGAUCGGAAGCCACAUCGACUGAAGAACGUUUUACUACAGGAACGCAUUCGAUCGGAGAUUCUCACUGUGAAUAGCGCCGACGAGAAAAAGGUGGUUCGGACGUUCGUAAGUCAAGGCAUGAACAAAGAGUCUGCGCUCAGGACGAAGCCGAAGGGGUACGAGAACGACCAUGAAAAUAUCGAGCUCUUACGGCUUCGAAAUUUCACUAUCAGCAAAAAACUAGCUGAUAAGGAGGUACUUGGUGACAAGGCAUUGGAGAGAAUCAGCUUUCUCAUCUCGUGUAUGGUUCCGUUUGUCACAUAUCUCAACAGUAUAAUAAUGCCCGACGACCCAGAAGAAUCGAGCAGCGAAGAUGAAGAUGAAGUCGAGGAUGAAGGGACGUAAGACGGCAUUAGCGACAGAUAAUCUUGGAUGGGUAAAAAGUGAUAGUCGCCCGUGCAGCGCAGGCAUGCGGCGCAGACAGCGCGCGGAACCAUUCAAUCUCUCC